CUUCUUCUUCUUCAACUUCACAUACUACAUACAUUCAUUCCCUUCUCUCUUUCCUUUAUUUGUAUUUUUUUUUUUCUUUCAAUUCCCCUUAGCUUUCUAAUUAUUAAUUAUUCCAUCUGUAAGCUUCAAUUCCAUCUUCAAUUGGCUGGCUGCUGCAAAACCACUCAUCCCGCCCACUCUGAUCUUUGGAAUGGGAUAAUAAUCUAAUUUUAUUUUCUCCACCAAUCCACACAUGCAUACACCCCAUAAGAAUUGCAGAUCAGAUAGCUAAUUUUAGGUAAAAUGCAGACCGUAAGUAGUUCAGUGAAAGAAGAAUUUCUGAAGAAAUGGAUAAAGGGUCUCCAAAAGUACGACGCCUGCAAGAGUGAAAUGAGCAUAACAGAGAGGAAGAACGCCAUAAAGCUAUCAGCGAACGUAGCCAUGGCCUCCACCACUACCAGCACCAGACAGUGGCCGCGAGCGAUUUGGCGACGCUCAGUAAUGGCGGCUGUGAAAUCUGGGGCCGGGGAGAUGAAGAAAAUCCGGCGCCGGAGAUGUUUGAUGAAGCGCAUUCGUCGUCGUCGUCCAAUGGCCGGAAAGCGUGCGGCUUCAAAGUAUAAAGCGGCGGCGAGAGUGGUGAAGAAGAGAAGCGCAGUUCUGAAAGGACUUAUUCCGGGAGGAGAAUGCAUGGAAGAUGAUAACACUUUGAUCAAAGAAACCCUAGAUUACAUACUCGCCCUGCGACUUCAAGUUGACGUCAUGCGCCACCUUGCCUCCUCUACUACCUCCUCCUAGUACCUACGUUCGUUGUUGUUACUCACAUAAUGUUUUUCUUAAAUUUUUUUUUUUCUUAAUUUCUUUCCAUGUUCAGUUCAGUUCUUCCUUAAUCCAAUUCUGGACAGGUAUGAUAUAUAUGAUGCUACUCCAUAUAUAGAUCCAUUAUUGAAUUAUUAAUUAAACUCCCUGAGAUUUCA